GCUCCCCUGUGGCUUCGAGGGGACGUCGGAGCCAGGAGUCCCCGCCAGGAGUUAGACGACACCGGCGUGUGAGGGGCGAGGCGGAACACCAUGCAGGAUCCAAAUGAAGAUACAGAAUGGAAUGACAUUUUAAGAGAUUUUGGCAUUCUUCCUCCAAAAGAAGAGCCAAAAGAUGAAAUUGAAGAAAUGGUUUUACGUUUACAGAAAGAAGCAAUGGUUAAACCAUACGAAAAGAUGACUCUUGCACAGUUGAAGGAAGCUGAAGAUGAAUUUGAUGAUGAAGAUAUGAGAGCUAUUGAAAUAUAUAGAGAAAAGCGGUUACAGGAAUGGAAAGCUCUUAAGAAAAAACAAAAAUUUGGGGAAUUAAGAGAAAUUUCUGGAAAUCAGUAUGUGAAUGAAGUCACAAAUGCAGAAAAGGAUGUGUGGGUUAUAAUUCACCUAUACAGAUCAAGCAUCCCAAUGUGUUCGUUGGUUAACCAGCAUCUUAGUCUCCUAGCAAGAAAGUUUCCUGAAACUAAAUUUGUUAAAGCCAUUGUGAAUAGCUGUAUUCAACACUACCAUGACAAUUGUUUACCAACAAUUUUUGUUUAUAAAAAUGGUCAGAUAGAAGGCAAAUUCAUUGGAAUUAUAGAAUGUGGAGGGAUAAAUCUCAAGCUAGAAGAACUUGAAUGGAAGCUAGCAGAAGUUGGAGCAAUACAGACUGAUUUGGAAGAAAACCCCAAAAGAGUCAUUGUAGAUGUGAUGGUAUCUUCAAUUAGAAACACUUCUAUUUAUGAUGACACUAAUAGCUCAAACAGUGAUAAUGAUGAUACCAAAUAGAAAUAUUUAAUAAAUAGCUUUAAAGUGUUUAUAUAUGGAAUAUUUUAUUUGCCACUGCCUUUAUAAUAAAGAUCAGAAAAUUCAUAAAUAAAUUUCUUUUCUAUAUUAGAAUUAUAGCUUAUAUGUCAUUAUAAAAACUUUCAGGUAUUUUAGAAUAUUCAUUGCCUCCAACAAAACUAGAAUUUGUACUGAACCCUUAAUAUUUGUUUGUGAUUUAUCUUUUUUCGGAUCCUUAUUGGACAAAAACAAAAAUAUUACAAGUCCUCUGUGUUGCCUGCUCACUUCCAAAGAGGCCUGUGGAUAAAAAUGAUGAAA